AUGUCUGCCAUAUAUAGAGCCCUAACCCAGGACACAAAUUCAAAAGGCAUCUCAAAGCCUCAAGCUGGUAGCUUUGGCCCAAAAAGAGUGAACAAACAGAGAGUUCUCCUAAUUUCUUCAAGAGGUAUUGUUUUCAGACACCGUCAUUUGAUUGCAGACAUUAACGCUCUAUUGCCUCAUUCUAGAAAAGAACCCAAGUUGGACACAAAGAAAAGUUUGUAUGAGUUGAAUGAACUUGCAGAGAUGUACAAUUGCAACAAUAUCAUGUAUUUUGAAUGCAGAAAACACAAAGACUUGUACAUGUGGCUUUCAAAACCACCUAACGGACCUACUAUCAAGUUUUUUGUUCAGAAUUUGCAUACUAUGGACGAAUUGGAUUUCACAGGAAACUGUCUCAAGGGUUCAAGACCUAUUCUUUCUUUUGACAAGACGUUUGAGACCGAAGAAAAGUACCAGCUCAUGAAGGAGAUGUUUAUCCAGCAAUUUGGUGUUCCUCCACGUGCUAGAAGGUCAAAGCCUUUCGUCGAUCAUGUCAUGACAUUUUCUAUUCUAGACGGAAAAGUUUGGAUAAGGAACUAUCAAAUCAAUGAGUCUAAGGAGUCUCAAGAAAAUGAACAGAGUGAUGAGGAUCUCACUUUGGUGGAAAUUGGUCCCAGACUCGUUUUGACUCCAAUUAUCAUAUUGGAGGGAUCUUUUGGGGGUCCUAAGAUCUUUGAGAACAAACAAUAUAUCUCUCCUAAUGUUGUGCGGGCCCAGCUCAAGCAGCAGGCAGCAGCCCAUGCCAGAGGUAGACAACAGGAUGCUCAGGACAAAAAGUUGAAGAAAAGAGAAGAGGUUCUUAAGGCAGAUCCGUUGGCAAACGACUUCCUCUUCAAGGAGUGA